GUUGAUGUUAGCGCCGACAAAACUCUGUCGAGUCCGUCAUUCCAUGUGUGCGUGCUCACCUGGGACUGAGAUGUGCUUUCAGUCCGGAGUGACACAGCUUGUGUGUGAACAUGGAUCAGAUGUGGUCAGGCUGUGAUCCGAGGGAUGUUCGCUUCAACUACCAAACUUUGCCGCGCUUUGGGGAGCAAGGGCAGCCCGCCAUUGCUGCUCCCGACAUGUUCAACAUGCAGCCAAUGUACAUGAACAGUACUGCGGGAUACUACAACCACGGACAGCAGGUACCGUAUUGGUGGCCUGUGCAAAACUUUGUCCCGCCAGCAUCCGUCAGUUUUGCUGCAGCACCUCCACAAAUGAUCGGAGGCACAACAAUGAUGAUGCCUGGGGCGCCAAGUAUGGCUCCUGGUGUGUUCAUGAGAGAUGCUGAUGACGAGGUGGAACAGCAAUACAUAAAGAAGCCGCCCAACGCCUUUAUGGUUUUUGCAAGGAAACAUCGCAAAGCCCUGAUGGGAAAACUGGACAAAAAAGACAGCGCAUCUGUCAAUGUCAUCCUGGGAGAAAUGUGGAACUCUCUACCACAGCAGGACCAAGCGAAAUAUUACGAGGAAGCCGAUGUGGAGAGGCGACGGCAUGCACAGUUGUACCCCAACUGGUCAAUGUGUGACAACUAUGGCAAAAAGAGGAAGAGGAUGCGAGGAAAUUCGUCUGCCACAGUUUCGGAUCUCGAAGCUCCUCAGCCCACAAGGAUGUGUGUGGCUCCCGUCCAGACCGGCUUGAUGGGUCCUGAACGAUACUCGACACAGGCCGAGUCCCAGUCUGUCAGCAACCUUGCGGGUCUGCAGCAGCCUAAAGCUAGCCUCUCGACCUUCAUGCACAACUUCCUCCCUCCCGCUGCUCCCGCUUCAUCUGGGAUGGAAAUUUCCCAGCUUCUGAGCGGCGUCAAUUACCUGCCGGCUCCCCACGAUAAACUUCAGCGGCCACCGGUGGUCAAUUCGUCCGAGCCUUGCUUGGAGGAAGAGCUCCACGUAAUCCUGGAUAGAUUCGAAGAAGAAUCCUCCACCACACAGACUGAGGAGUCGGUGGCGGAUCUGAUUUUGGAGGAGGAUCUUCAUAGUUUGCUGGAACGUUUCCAGAAACCUUCGACCGCACAGUUCGGCACGGACAGGCUCCACUGCGUCUUCGAGGGCUUAGGGAUCACCACCACUGACACGGGUCAAUGUUGAGUCGCCGGGCGGAAUGGCGGAAAAGCCACUGAGCACAAGAAGUCAUCCUGGAUGGAGCAUGGAGUCCAACAGACGUUUUAAUUGUUUCUGAAAUCCUCAGCGUUUACAACAAUUUUUUUUUAUGCACCUGGACAAUAAUAUAUGAGCCCGAGCACUUUAUUUACAAUGGGAUCGCUUUCUCUUGGGAACGCACACAGUGGUCCUGCUGGACUAUCUGAACUUUAAGCAUGUGCAGAGCAGUUCUGUAUAUUUUUUUUAACAUUCCUUAUGAACUUUUAUAAUAAUAUCCCGGUCUACUCAGACUUCCAUUGGACCACUUCGACUGGAAUCACAGCAUCGUUCCAUUUGUUCUGACACCAGUCCAGAUAUUUAUUGUAAACAAAAAAACAUCGUAUCACAUACCCUUACCUGGUUAUUUUUAUAUUUAUACUAUUCUAAUGAUUACUUUUCCUUUUAUUUCGUCCCACAUUUUUCAUCGCAUUAGGGCUAAAUGUAUACCUCAGGGUCAAAUAUUUUAUGACUUGAUACAUUUUGACUGUUAGCAUGCUAGCUUUUCAAACAGAUUUUGCAGACCACAGUCAUACAUUUUGGUACUUCACUAUAACUGUUGUUAUCAUUAUAACUUAUAACUUAUAAUUUCAACUUCUGUUUCCAUGCAAAUGUUAGAGUGCUAGCGUAUAAGUAGCUAUACCUAGCUUUCCUAGUUUAUUUUGCAGCUACACACUUGAAAGUUGGAUAUUUUGUUAUUUGAUUACAUAUGGCUAGCAUGCUAACUGUAAGCGUGUCCCACUUUUAUCCACCGAUUCAACCAUUCUUCAAAACAUUCCACUCCAUUCAAGCUAUCUAUUUUUUUCAUGCCUGAAAAUUUCCUGGUUUUCUUGGUAACUUGGUUCUUUGCUUUUCACUUUUUUGUAAUAUUACGUCGCCACUCAAGUCUUAUCAAAAUCACAUUUUUCCAAAGAUUCCAAAGUCAAAAAAGGCUCCUUGCGAAUAAGUAAGUCAACGCUAAGAUGCUAGUAAUAGCUAAUUUAGCAAAUUUUCCAUAUAAACACCUCAGACAAAUAUAUAAGAAGGACUGAUAUAGCUCAACUUGUAACUUUCAGUUAGGAGUAGUAUAUUGUUAUUUAACGCAAUAAGGCUUGUGCGCUAACUUUUAAUAUUUUAGUUUGGCUUUUGACCGAAAUGGCAUUUUGUUAUUUAUUCAUGAAGUUGUCACUUGUUCUGGGCUGAUACAAUAGUGGAAUGACUUUGAACAUGCACUUUAAAUCUGGCCUUUGACUACCUCCUACCUGUGUCCUCAGCCGCCGAAAAAAACUUGAAUUUCCCUCAGCAUCGGACAUCAUGACACUAAAGAUGAUCCAAUGCUGAUUCUACUGACGCUCGGACCAAAAGAGAUGAGGUUCAGCUUCACGAGCAGGAAGAUCUUCCAUGAUAGCAUCAUUGCACUCACUGAUACUUGAAUUGCACUAUUAUAUGCUGCACAGACUGAGCCUCCUACAGUGUAUAUAUACAACUGUAAAUAUGUACCUUACACAUGUGUAUACAUACCAUAUAAUAGGCAGAAUGUUUGUAUUUUGAAAGUGUACUGUUUAUCAUUGUACAUAAAAUGAGAUGUCUUAUACUCUAGUAUAGUAUGUCUAGGUAAUAUUUUAUUUUUGCACUUCUGGUUGAAUGCCAGCUGUAUUUCACUGCUACGUAUCUCCACAAUGACAAUAAAACAAUAUUUUGUA